AUGCAGUGCUAUACGGAGCUGACACCUCCUACAGCUGUCACACACUCAUUAAGCCUCCCUUUCGUAUCCGCAGAAUCGAAUAACCUCGUUGUCGCAAAGACCUCCUUGCUCCAGAUUUUCACCACUAAGGUCAUAUCGAUUGAGGUCGAGGAGAAACCCGAAGAAGAAAGACUCAAGAAACAAACCGGGUUCGACAGAAAGGCCAACGACGAUGACGGACUGGAGUCUUCAUUCCUCGGCGUCGAUUCGAUUUUGCGCCCAUCAGAGAGAGCGAACAAGACGAAGCUCGUACUCGUCGCCGAAUACGCACUUUCCGGGGCCAUUACCUCGCUGGCACGAAUUAAGACCUUGUCUUCAAAGUCGGGGGGUGAAGCCCUGUUGAUAGGCUUCAAAGAUGCAAAGCUGAGUUUGGUAGAAUGGGACCCGACUCGCCCGGGCAUUUCUACGAUAUCAAUACAUUAUUACGAGCAGGAUGGACUUCAGGGAAGCCCAUGGGCUACCAACCUUAGUGACUGUAUCAAUUACUUGUCUGCGGACCCUGGGAGUAGAUGUGCCGCACUUAAAUUCGGAGCACGACGUUUGGCUAUCCUACCAUUUAAACAAGGAGAUGAAGAUAUCAACAUGGAUGAUUGGGAUGAAGAGCUGGAUGGGCCACGACCAGUCGCACAAGUUUCGAAUGUCACAAAUGGGGAUAGUAGCGAUAGCGGAACUCCGUAUGGUUCAUCGUUCGUUCUUCACUUGCCAUCUUUAGAUCCAAACUUGAUCCAUCCUCUCCACCUUGCAUUCCUCUACGAAUAUCGCGAACCGACAUUUGGGAUUCUUUCAUCGACCGCGUUACCUUGUUCUGGCCUUUUACACGAAAGAAAAGACCAUUUAAACUAUAUGGUGUUUACUCUUGAUCUCCACCAGAAGGCGUCUACGACAAUUCUAUCAGUGGAAGGGCUACCAUACGAUUUGUUUAUGAUUGUCCCAUUACCGAUCCCUAUCGGAGGCGCGCUUUUAGUUGGGAGUAACGAAUUGAUCCACAUUGAUCAAGGAGGCAAGGCCAAUGGAGUUGCUGUCAACAUGUUUGCAAGAAAGUCAACUUCGUUCGGUCUAUCAAACCAAGCAGAACUUGAAAUGAGGUUAGAAGGGUGUACAAUUGAGCAGCUAUCUAUCCAAAAUGGCGAGAUGCUCAUAAUUCUCCACACAGGCGAACUAGCCAUUUUAAGCUUUAAAAUGGAUGGAAGAUCAGUAUCUGGGCUAAGUGUCAGAAGGGUGGCAACUGAGUCAGGAGGCUCUGUCAUUCCAGCAGGAGCUACAACCAUAAGUUCCCUGGGACCAAAUUCGUUGUUUGUUGGUAGUGAAUGUGCAGACUCAGUGGUCCUCGGAUGGAGCCGGAAAUCUGGGCAACUAUCACGCCGGAAACCUCGCCUAGACGUACCAGAUGGAAUGGAUGAUACUUUUCUUGACGAAGAGGACUUGGAAGACGAUGAUGCCGAUGAUGAUUUAUACGGCAAUGGCCCCUCGACCACCCAAGCUGCGGCUGCUCCAAUAGACACAAGCACCACUAAGGCUGGUGAUUAUGUCUUCCAAAUCCAUGAUUCCUUGGUAAGCAUUGCUCCAAUAAUAGACACAACCCUUGGGGAACCUGCAUAUCCUCCAGAUGGGGAUGAGAAACGCAAUUCCGACGGCGUAAGAAGUGACCUGGAAUUGGUUACUGCAGUAGGGAAAGGUGGCGGUGGGGCUUUGGCAGUCAUAAAUAAAAAUAUCCAACCGAAGGUUAUUGGCAGGUUCGAAUUUCCAGAAGCCCGAGGGAUAUGGACCCUGUGCGCAAAACGACCCGCUAUCAAGGGUCUUCAAGUCACGAAAGAGAAGACGGAAGAGAGCGGGGAUUACAGCGAUGAUGCACAAUACGAUAGACUCAUGAUAGUUUCCAAAGCGCUCCCUGAUGAGACAGAAGUCUCAGAUGUCUAUGCACUAACGUCAGCUGGAUUUGAAGCGCUGACAGGAACCGAGUUUGAGCCCGCAGCAGGAUCGACAGUUGAAGCCGGAACGCUAGGCAAUGGGAUGCGUGUUAUUCAAGUCCUGAAAUCCGAAGUUCGAAGCUAUGAUGGAGUUAUCAAGUACAUCGUAUUGGAAUAA